AUGGGAUCUACUCAAGGAUUUACUGGGUUGGGGACCGUAUCAAUUGAAGGAAUAAAAUUAGACAUGUUUCAAAUGGAUGAGCUGCAGUUAUGUCCAUCUGUUUUUCAGAACAUGCUUAAUCUUAAAUAUAUUUGCUUCUAUGAUUCAAAGAUUGAGAAGGGCUAUCGAAAUCCGAAGUUUCUUAUAGAGCAAGUUGAUAGUAUAUCUCUUCCUAAUAAGCUAAGGUACCUUUGUUGGGAUUAUUUUCCCCUUAAAACUUUAUCAAGUUUUAAUCCAAAGAAUCUUGUCAUGUUGAUAUUACGAAGUGGCAAUAUGGAACAACUUUGGAAUGAAAAUGAUCAUAUGAAUCUUGUUAAUUUAAGGGAAAUUGACGUCUCAAAUUGCAAAAAAUUAAGGAAGAUACCUAAUCUUUCAAGAGCCCUCAACCUUGAACUCCUUGAUUGCUCUUACUGUGAAAGUUUGUUUGAACUUCCUUGCCUCAAUCAUUUGGCAUCUCGUGAUGAGGAUAAGCUUCGCCUUGAGGGAUGUUAUAGUCUCAAGAAGUUUCCUCAGGUCCCAAGUCACUUUUGUUAUUUAGAUUUACGAGAAACUGAAAUACAAGAAGUACCUGAUGCAAUUAAGUAUCUCCACAAACUUGAAAGAUUGUUGUUGAGCAAAUCAAAGGUAGAAAAAGUAUCGAUCAAUAUUUCAAAGUUGGAACUCCUUAGUGAAUUGAAUCUUAGUGAAUGCCCAAUGGUCGAAUUUCCAAAAAUCCCGAGGAGCUUAACAUGGUUAGACUUAUCUGGAACUGGAAUUGAAGAAGCUGCCUUGUCGUUAGACUCUUUAAGUAAUCUUCAAUACUUAAAUAUGAGCGGCUCAAGUAUUCAAAAGCUAAUGUGUAAUAUCACCCUGUUCGGUUCCAGAGAGUUUCCAACUGUCGAUUUGCCCACACCAAGCUUGAGGUCUAAAAUCCUUAACCAUAUGAGGAUGGAUCGUUGCGAGAGCCUCAAAUUACUCUCGGAGCUUCCACCAUAUAUGCAAAACUUGAAUGUACAAUGCUGCACAUCAUUAGAAAAAGUUUCCUUUGCAGAUCAAGAUUUAUAUCAGUUCGAUUCGUUAGGUGAUGAUUUGUUUGGCAUGCUAUUCUGUAAUUGCAUCAACUUGAAUCAAGAGUCAAUUGAUAACAUUGAGGAAAAUGCCAUGCUCAAAAUUGGAUCCCUAGCUAAGAAAUGGGCAGCGAGAUAUGAUUGGAAAUACCAGCGAGAAGACUUUCCAAGAUUGAUUUGUUGUUUCCCAGGAAACAAAAUUUCAGCAGAUAAGUUCAAGUGUCAGAGAAUGAAUUCUUCCUUGAGUUUGAAGAUUGCCCCAAAUAGGGGUAGUGGGAGCAGAUUUUUGGUUUUUGCUAUUUGCCUUGUGGCUGAUCUCACUCACUGCCAUCGCUUUAAAUAUCUUAAUUGUAUUUGUGAGUACCACCUUACAGCCGCCGGUGGUGGUGAUUCUAAAAGCUACAUAGGUAAGAUAUCUUUCUUCGAUUGUUCUGAGCCAAAUAAGUACAAGGGUGAUCACGUGUUUAUUCUAUCUAGCAACGACAUGGUUGAAGAAGACAAGAACUAUGAAGAGGCAUCAUUUAAAUUCUACAUCAUCGACAAUGAUGAUGAAGUUAAUGAAGAAGAAGACUAUAACAAGGUGGAAAGAUGUGGUGUUCAUGUAUUUUACGUGGAUGCUACUGAAAAGAGAGUUGCUGGGAACAAAAGAAGCUUUAGCCAUGAUGGUGAAGAAGGGGAUGGAGGACUUAAAAGAUUGAAAUAGUUUGUAUUUCUUUUCAUCUUUGGCUCUGUUUUUGAGGAGUUCCAACUUCUCAAUUAUGUCAUCCAAAUGCAUAGUUAGGGGUUUCAUUUUCAUCUCAUUUUUUCAUAUUAUCAUAAAUCUUCAUGUUAUUUUUCAUGUUAUUUUUCAUAUUGCCAUACUUUUGUUUUCCACAAUUGUUAAUAGUAAAUUUUCAACUUAUAAAUUAGUGACAGAAAAUGAAGUGCUUUAAUUAAUUAAAACCAACCAGAAUGAAUCUAACUUGCUCUGCUUUAUAAAUUACUUGUCUUUUAGAAGGUGCUUUGCCAUACUGAAUCCUUGUAGUUCCACAUUGUAAAUGUUAAAAGCAUAAUUUAUGAACAUAAAAUUGGAAAUUUGUUCAAUAGUUUGUGAUAGUUGCUUAUUAUUAUUUUUUCUCAUCUUCAUUCCGCCGUAAUGUCUGUGUUGUUUUGUAGAUAUAGCAUACAUUGUCCAAGAACGAAAUUCUCCAUAUAUAUUAAUUAAUUUGGAGGAAAAUUGAACGGAAACUAGAGAUUUCAACACAGUAGCAAAAUGAUUCUGCUUUGGAGUUGAUAAAAUAUCCAUAGAGGAUUUUGGGCCAAAUGUGGACUCGAUUCAGCUUCAUUGUUUAGUUUCCAGCAUUGGUGUCAUCUGGUAUCUCAAUACUUGCUGC